AUGGAGAGAACAGGCAAGGGAACAAGUGCAGAGCAGGACAAUCGCUUCAGCAACAAGCAGAAGAAGCUGUUGAAGCAGUUGAAAUUUGCAGAAUGCUUAGAAAAGAAGGUGGACAUGAGCAAAGUAAAUCUGGAAGUAAUCAAACCAUGGAUAACAAAACGAGUAACAGAAAUCCUUGGAUUUGAAGAUGAUGUAGUAAUUGAAUUUAUAUUCAACCAGUUGGAAGUGAAGAACCCAGAUUCCAAAAUGAUGCAAAUCAACCUGACUGGUUUUUUGAAUGGGAAAAAUGCUAGGGAGUUCAUGGGAGAACUGUGGCCACUGCUGUUAAGUGCACAAGAAAACAUUGCUGGUAUUCCAACUGCUUUUCUGGAACUGAAGAAAGAAGAAAUAAAACAGCGACAGAUAGAGCAAGAGAAGCUGGCUUCCAUGAAGAAGCAAGAUGAAGACAAGGAGAAGAGGGAUAAGGAAGACAAAGACAACAGAGAAAAAAGAGACAGAUCCAGGAGUCCAAGGAGGCGCAAAUCCAGGUCUCCCUCCCCUCGCAGGAGAUCCUCUCCCGUCAGGCGGGAGCGGAAGCGCAGCCACUCGCGCUCCCCACACCACAGAACCAAGAGCCGCAGCGUCACCCCGGCACCUGAGAAGAAAGAGGCAACUCCUGAGCCAGAACCCUCUGUGAAACCAAAGGAGACUGUUGUUCAAGAGGCAACCUCAAACAGUGAUAUCCCAAAAGCUCCUAAACCUGAACCUCCUGUACCAGAGACUAAGGAAGCUUCACCAGAACGUAAUUCAAAGAAGGAGAGAGAGAAGGAAAAAGAGAAGACCCGUCAGAGAUCCCCAUCUCGGUCCAAGUCAAGGUCAAGGUCUCGAUCACGUUCUCCAUCUCAUUCUCGACCAAGAAGGCGUCAUAGAUCACGGUCAAGAAGGCGACCAAGCCCGAGACGACGGCCAUCUCCAAGGAGAAGGAGCCCUCCAAGGAGAAUGCCUCCCCCACCCAGACACAGAAGAAGCAGAUCCCCUGUCAGGCGGAGAAGAAGGUCAUCAGCAUCCCUCUCUGGCAGUAGCUCUUCCUCCUCCUCCUCACGUUCCCGAUCGCCACCAAAGAAACCACCCAAAAGAACUGUAUCCAGCCCUCCUCGGAAAACUCGUAGGCUCUCUCCAUCUGCCAGCCCCCCAAGGAGGAGGCACAGACCAUCCCCACCAGCAAGUCCACCUCCAAAACCACGUAGGUCUCCAACACCCCAGCAGUCCAAUCGGGCAAGAAAAAGCCGUGGUUCUGUUUCACCUGGCAGAGCAUCAGCAACCAAACAUAAGAGUACUGAAAAAAGAGAAUCUCCUUCGCCAGCACCGAAACCAAGGAAAGCAGAACUCUCUGAAUCAGAAGAAGAUAAAGGAGGCAAAAUGGCUGCAGCAGAUUCAGUUCAACAGAGGCGUCAGUACAGAAGGCAAAACCAACAGUCUUCAUCUGAUUCUGGUUCUUCAUCUUCAUCAGAGGAGGAAAGACCCAAAAGAUCCAACGUGAAGAACGGGGAGGUCGGCAGGCGCCGGCACCAUUCGCAUUCCCGCAGCCCUUCACCAUCUCCGCGGAAACGACAGAAGGAAUCCUCCCCUCGCAGAAGAACAAAAUCCCCGCCCCCCCCAGCCCGGCGGCGACGCUCCCCCUCGCCUGCCCCUCCUCCCAGGCGGCGGCGCUCCCCUUCCUUGCCCCGUCGAAGGUCUCCAUCACCACCCCCACGCAGACGCUCACCCUCUCCACGGAGAUACUCUCCACCGAUUCAGAGACGAUAUUCUCCUUCUCCACCACCUAAAAGAAGAACAGCUUCUCCUCCGCCCCCCCCGAAACGAAGGGCAUCACCUUCUCCACAGUCCAAACGCAGAGUCUCCCAUUCACCACCCCCAAAACAAAGGAGCUCCCCAGCUGCUAAAAGGCGUUCACCUUCGAUAUCUUCCAAGCACAGGAAGGGAUCUCCUCCCAGUAGGUCCAAUCGGGAAACGCGUUCUCCACCGCAAAACAAAAGGCAUUCACCUUCACCACGGCCUAGAGCUUCUCAUACCUCUGCAAGCCCACCACCACCACGAAGGGGAGCUUCAGCUUCACCCCAGAGAAGACAGUCACCAUCUCCAAGCACUAGACCCAUCAGGAGGGUGUCAAGAACGCCAGAACCUAAGAAGACAAAGACUUCCACACCAAGUCCCAGAUCUGCCAGACGAGUGUCCUCAUCCCGCUCCGCAUCAGGGUCCCCUGAGCCAGCAGCCAAAAAACAUCAAGGACCUGCCUCUCCUGCUCGCUCUUGUUCCCCCUCUGCUAACUGGUCACCUGCAAAAAAGGCUAAAAGCCCAACUCAGAGCCCAUCACCUGCAAGGAAUUCAGAUCAAGAAGGGGGUGGAAAGAAGAAGAAGAAAAAGAAGGAUAAGAAGCAUAAAAAGGAUAAAAAGCACAAGAAGCACAAAAAACAUAAGAAGGAGAAGGCAGCAGCAGCUGCAGCAUCUGUUGCUGUGGCUGCACCAGAUACCACCUCAGCACAGGAAGAACAGGAAGCAGAGACAGAACCCAAAAAGGAGACAGAAAGUGAACCAGAAGACAACCUUGAUGAUCUAGAAAAACACCUGCGAGAGAAGGCACUGAGGUCAAUGAGGAAGGCCCAAGUGUCACCCCCAUCCUAGGCCGGAUCCUUUGAUAUAAUGUACAUUUUAUUUGGUUUGUACUCAAGAGUUCAAUUUCAAAUUGCUAAAUGUGUUUGAGCUUUAGAAUAUAACAUUUGUUGUAAUAAUUGCUAGGUUGAGGUUCACCAUGUACAAAGGGCAUGGAUUUACAUUACAAAAGGUGUCCACAGUGUACUAGUGACAUUCUUUCAUUGACAAGUCAACAUAAUUUCAUUUAGAGUGAGACUUUUUAGAAGCAGUAGGAAUUUGUUUUGAAAGGUUUUAAUCAUGAUGGUCAAUUCCCAAGUUCCUUUGAAAUUCAACAAAGCCUUUAGCAUAAUUAGCAAGGGUCUCAUUUGACUUCUGUUCUACCCACUUACAUUAUGCUACUAACCUUUGUGGUUUGUAAGCUUGCCCAGAAAUAAAACCACUGCAGAAUUACCAAGGGAGUUACAUAUAUUUUAAUGCUUUCUACUGUUGCCUGUAUAGUCUCCAUUAAAGCAAAUCAAAAAUAGCAAUUUAGAAUGGUACAUAAAUGAAAGCAUGUUGUUUACCAGGACACUGUGGGUUUAUAUUGAUGUAACAUGUUGAUUUGGAACACUGGAAUUUCAUUUGUAUUUUUAUGUUCUUUUUUUAAAGGGCAGUUUCCAUGAUCAGCAGUCCCAGAAAAACAAAACAAAACAAAAAAUUCCUUCAGUUCCAUCUAUUUUGUUUGUGAGAUGUUGUUUCCCCAUCCAUAAAUCUUGUCUCGUUACGGUUCUUCUGAAUGGUAGAAGCAACUUUCAGAGCUGUGGUCUUUGAAAGUUUGAGGAACCUGAACUUUGGAUAUUGUCAUGUUUUCACUGGUUUUUUGUUUUUGUUUGUUUUUGUUGUUUUUUUUUUAACUAAAGCUAUAUAAAGCUUGUGGAUUAAACAAAAUAAAUUUCUAAAUUUAAA